UAUUUUGGAAAUGUUUUGAGAAGAGUAAUUGAAAAAAAUUCCUUAUCAUCUCCGAAAAGGACUAUCUUCCCCCAACUGAAAAGCAACAGACAUAGAUAAGUCGUAGUAUCUGCUUCAUCACUCAAUCAAUCGAUCAAUCGUAAACCCUCACAGAGAACUCCAAAGAAGAACGGCGAUGGCGGAUAUUCUCGCUGCUUUGAGAUCGUUAAUGGCCUCACAUACUCCACCGCUCAAUGCCCUAGUUGUCCCAUCCGAAGAUUAUCAUCAGAGCGAGUAUGUAUCUGCUAGAGACAAGAGGCGCGCUUUCGUUUCUGGAUUUACUGGAAGUGCUGGUUUGGCUCUUGUAACAAUGAAUGAAGCACUCCUUUGGACGGAUGGAAGAUACUUUCUGCAGGCAGAACAACAACUAAGUAACCAAUGGAGGCUCAUGCGUAUGGGUGAAGAUCCAGCUGUAGAUUCAUGGAUAUCCACAAAUUUACCUCAAGAUUCAGCAAUCGGUAUUGAUUUCUGGUGCAUAUCUGUAGAAACUGCACAGAAAUGGAGGUCUUUGUUUGCAAAGAAUCAACAAAAACUAGUUCCCACAACUAAAAACUUGGUUGAUGAAGUUUGGAAGGAUCAACCACAAGCUGAAAUGAAUCCUGUUCAUGUACACCCCUUAAAAUUUUCUGGUCGUUCAGUUUCAGACAAGUUAAAAGAUUUACGCGAUAAUCUCAAAAAGGAAAAAACUCGUGGAAUAAUAAUCACAACACUUGAUGAAGUUGUUUGGUUGUAUAAUGUUAGAGGUGGUGAUGUGUCCUAUUCUCCUGUUGUUCAUUCAUUUGCAGUUGUAACAACAUCAUCUGCUUUCUUUUAUGUUGAUGAAAGAAAGUUGUCAUCUGAGGUAAAAUCGUAUUUGGAGGAAAACAAUAUCAUAGUUAAAGACUACACAGCAGUGAGCUCUGAUGUGGCUUUACUUGCAUCUAAUCAGCUGACAUCAGCAAAGGGAACACAAUCUAAUGGUGCACAUGAUGCAGAAGAUAGUAGCCAUAAAAUUUGGGUUGAUCCUCGUUGCUGCUAUUCUUUGUAUUCAAAACUAAACCCUGAUCAGGUCUUCCUGCAUCAAUCACCUUUAUCCCUUCCAAAAUCUCUUAAGAAUCCUGUAGAGAUGGAGGGGCUAAAAAACGCACAUAUACGCGAUGGUGCAGCUGUUGUGCAAUAUUUGGCUUGGCUGGAUAAACAGAUGCAGGAACUCUAUGGGGCGUCAGGCUACUUCAAGGAGUCAGAAAGCCAAAAGACCAAAACGCCCUCGGAAGAUGCAAAACUAACAGAAGUUUCAGUAAGUGAUAAACUAGAGGAAUUCCGUGCAGCAAAAGAGCAUUUCAGAGGGUUGAGCUUUCCUACUAUCUCAUCAGUUGGUCCAAAUGGGUCAAUUAUUCACUAUGAACCAAAACCCAAAACAUGCUCUGAACUUGAUCCAAAUUGCAUGUAUCUUUGUGAUUCUGGAGCACAGUAUUUGGAUGGGACAACAGACAUAACUCGUACUGUUCAUUUCGGGAAGCCUUCUGAACAUGAAAAAAAAUGUUACACCGCAGUUCUCAAGGGUCAUUUUGCUUUGGGUAAUGCCCGUUUUCCCAAUGGGACAACAGGUCAUUCUCUUGAUGUUCUUGCUCGGGUUCCAUUAUGGUCGUAUGGUCUUGAUUAUAGACAUGGAACUGGUCAUGGAAUAGGCGCUUACUUAAAUGUUCAUGAAGGACCACAUUCCAUCAGUUUCAGACCUGGUUUAAGUGUCCCACUUCAAGCUUCAAUGACUGUAACAGAUGAACCUGGUUACUAUGAAGAUGGAAAGUUUGGAAUAAGAUUGGAAAAUGUGCUUAUAAUCAAGGAGGCAGCAACACAAUUCAAUUUCGCUAAUAAAGGUUAUUUGGAAUUUGAACAUAUAACAUGGGCACCAUAUCAGAAGAAGUUAAUUGAUGUGAGACUGUUGUUGGAUGAAGAAAUAAAAUGGGUGAAUAGUUAUCAUGCGAAAUGUAAAGAGAUCUUGGCACCAUAUCUAAAUGAAUCCGAGAAGGCGUGGCUGAGUCAGGCUACUGAGCCUAUUUCUGCUUAAAAUUUGGGUAUUUACUAUUUAUUUAUUUUUAUUUUUAUAAAACACGUAUGUCAGAUGUUUUAUUAUUUUCGGGCUUAGAAUUAAUUUGGUUUCAGUUCAUUUAGUAGUCGCAUUAACUUAUUUCAUUUAAAUAACAACCAACUCUUUUGUCUUUUUAAUGUUGAAACA